ACGUCACUGUCUCCAAUCCUCAUCAGCAGCUGCAGCUUGGAUCGAACCGAUAGCAGAGACUGACACCGGGACCCUCCUAACACCGGGAACCCUCUCUAAUAUUACACAGCCCUCCUAAUUUACGAGGUCCCUCCCAAAAUAUCGGGACUCCUGGGCUCAACACAACUGAGCUUCCUAAUAACUAAGACCUCACACUAUUCCUGGAGCUCCCCUAAUAACCAGUCACUAUCCCAUAAAGACCGAUCCCAGUACCCGGCCCCCUGGUCCCGCUGCUGUCAGAAUGGGUCCGGACUUGUGAGCAAUAUUAUGGGCUGUAUCGGGAGCCGGAGCAGCGGGACCGUGGAUGUUCUGCGUGUGGAGUGGCGUGAGGGGAGGUGCAGUGCAUCCCUUUACCAGCAGGAGAGAUCGUCAAUUGUGAGAAGGUUUAACCGGCGAGUUCCUACGGAGAGCCAGGAGUACCUGGAGUUAUAUGUUGAAGACACAGGUGAGAUGUUACCCAAGUCUCGACGAGCACUGACUAUCCAUGAGAUUACAGCCCUCGCGCGCUCUUCUCUGCACGGAAUCUCACAGGUUGUAAAGGAUCAUGUGACCAAACCCACAGCAAUGGCUCAGGGACGUGUGGCACACCUCAUUGAGUGGAAGGGCUGGAGUAAACCAAGUGACUCUCCCGCUGCCCUGGAAACCCACUUCAGCUCAUACUCACACCUAAGUGAAGGGGAACAGGAAGCCAGAUUUGCAGCAGGAGUGGCUGAACAGUUUGCUAUAGCAGAGGCAAAGCUACGCGCCUGGUCAUCAAUUGAGGGGGAGGAUUCUACUGAUGAUUCUUAUGAUGAAGACCCGCCACCACUCAGUGAUUGCUCACAGCCCUCAGAUUUUCUGGCCCCUGUGCAAAAAGAUUUGAUGUCCUCACGACUAUGUUGCUGUGACAGUGACUCCUCACGCACUCUGUCCCCUGAGACGCUGUGUUCCAGUCUGUGCAGUCUAGAGGAGGAACAGCAGCAGCUUCUUUUGGAUUCGCCACCUCAGCUAGUGGAGGAGUCUCAGCUGACCAAGCCUCCUUCAGCCUUAGGUCCCUAUGGGCGGCUCAGGGACCUGGAGUUUGAGGACUCUUCCUAUUCCAUGUCUUUCUCAGAGUCCUGUUUAAGUCCCAGUGAGGAUGAGCUGAUUCACUUCCCUGUCAUAAACCAGGGUUCUGGGGGGCUAACUUUGCAAAGGAAGGGCUCAGAUGUAAUGUCUUCUGGAGUGGUAUCUCUUGAUGAAGAGGAGGAGGAAGACCAGCCCUGACCUGCACUCAGACUGCCACUGUAACCCCUCCCAUCUCUGCUACCUGUCCGUCCCUCUCAUCUUCAUCUCAUUUUUUUUUUAUCUCAACAAAAAAAACUAUACAAACCAGAGGGCAUUAAUCUGUACCACUCAUGUUUCUCACUUUUGUAUUUGCAUCUUUCUGCAUUAUACCUAUAAUAUUCUUUAUUUACAUUCUUGCAUUCUCUCUUCCAAAAAUAUUUUCAAUUAAUGCAUCCUCCAUCGCUCAUUAAUUCCUACUACUCUUCUAUUUGACUGUUUUCUACUUUUUGAGCUUUUUACUUUUAAUCUUUGACCUGAUGUGCAUGAUCGUUACCCUUUGGCACCAUAUUGGCUUGAUGGGGUACUCAGAGCUGUUAUGUGCAUGUCCUGCACCCCACAAUGCCCCAGUGCUCCUUAACUUGCACUGGCUUGCGGGUCUAUGGAUGGGGUACAGUGGUAGCAUGGCUUAUACUCGUCACCUCCCAUAUCUGUUUGGGACUCUAAGGUUUCCCACUCCAUUGCACCACAGAAUCCAGCCCCCAAAUGUGCUUGAUGGGGAAUCAUGGAGUAUGUUCUGGAUCCUGUGAAAUAAGUGCAGACUAAGGACUGUCACUGCCUCUCUGUAAAGGACUUAUGGAACUCCGGUGACACUGUGGGAACCCUCCACUCUGUGGCUUUGGGGGCGCAUGCAGCGUGCAGGGUUAACUUCCCUUUUCUAGCGUUUUGUAAGUGUCUGUCUGCUGCUCUUGGAAGGUCUUGUGCAGUAACAUGAGCUGUUUGUAA